UGCUAUGGCGUUUUUUUUGUGGCUGCUAAGUUGCCUCGUGCCGGCACUAGGGCAAGAUGCCCCAGAUGAAGCGCGUCCAUUUCGAUUGGUGGCGCAACAGGUCGUUGAAGAAGAAUGUCCUGCACUCGCUUUACCAGCACUGAACUUCUGGAUGCAGCUCCAGGACCAUUUUUUUGAAGCACAGUAUCAAUAUUUCAGCCCCGAGCGUGAGAGAAAGUUCAUCGCAUUGAUUUCUGGCAUCGAAUGUUUGAACAUGCUGAUGAGGAACCUGGACACUGCCUAUCUCUGUCCGCUACUGGCGGCCAAGCAGUUCAAGAUGGUGGCUGAGUGGGCCAGUGCCUUAUCGCAUCCCUGGAGGGCACGCUGCUUGCUGCAGCUGGGCAACAUCUUCAAGAUUCAGGCCAUGUCACGAUGGUACAACCAGCUGCCGGAUGCCGCGCAGUCUCAACCAGCCGCCUCGAAGAGGUUUGAGACACGCUUGCAGGUGGAAUAUACCAUUGCCGUGACGCAGUUGCACGGCUCUUUGCAAACUCCCUUGCGGCCACUGGUUCGCUGGCAGGGAACCAGCCCAAAGAUCCAAGUGCAUUCCAUUUGCCACUAUCGUCCAGACCCCACAUCGCGGACUGGCAGGGAUUGUCCGCUGCCAGACCUCUCCGUGCCCAACCACCGUGCCUAUUCAGAACGCCACGGCUUCAAAUACGUGCUUCACACCGAGCUGCCACUUCCAGACAGAGAGGCUCACUACAGCAAGAUGCUGGUGAUCCACCAGGCGUUCCUAUCGGCUGACAGCCCGGAUUGGGUCUUCUUCAUCGAUUGUGAUGCAUUCUUUACGGAUCUGAAGACCAGCCUGACAGACAUUUUAGCCACCUACGGAGUGUCAGAAUCAGAUGGCCCUCACUUUUUGGUGGCAGAAGACCCUGGUGGUAUCAACACAGGGACGCUCUUGGUGCGUCGCAGCGAUUGGUCUUUGCAGUUUCUGGAGCGAGUGGCCAGCAGCCGUUUUUCGGUGGCUUGGGACCAGUCUAUGUUUUUCUGGGAGAUUCUGAGUACCGGAGAGUUUCUGCCCAAAGUACCGGACAGAAACUCAGUUGCUUCAGACUAUAGCUUGCCACCAGAGGUAGCACUGGUGCACCAGGCUCAUCUGAACGCAUUUGUACCACCAGCCUCCAACGAUUGGUCGGCCCAUGAAUGGCGGCCCGGCGACUUCGUCCGGCACUUCGCUGGUUGCCCCUGGCAGGAGGCACAUUGCCUGGGUCUCAUGCGCGAGACCGUGGCUUUUGCUGAAACGCAAGCUGGCUCAAAGUGAGCUGUGUGCAUAGGAAGAAGCGGAGGGUGCAAAGCAUCACCCUUGCCUCGUCAUGGACAUUGGCCGUUCCGACCAAUGUUGGGCAUUUUUGGAGCCUCAUUAGUUCGAUGAAAAAAA